AUGAUUCGUCUAGACCAUCUCUCUCCAAAGUCUGCCCAAGAUCACCACCACCACUGGGACGAUACCCACACCCAUGACUUUCUACGCAUAGACGGCUCCGACAGCAAACCCGCCGUCGUAUCCAUACAAUCCCCUGACCAAAACACACCCGCAGACUCAAAUUCGCUACUCCCCCAGCCACAGGAGAACGAGGCCCCGGAGGAGACACCGCAGAAGGAAGAGGAGGAGGAGGACGGCGACGAUGGCCAGGUGCAGAGGGAACAGCAGCCCGGGGACAGCUCCGACUUGCCCUCCACUACGACAAGACCAACGACAGGCCAUUCAGAGCAGCCACAGCCUGCGUCCGAGGACAUCUCGAACGCACAGCAGCCGCAGCAGAACGACGAAUCCUCGCGCGUCUCCACGCCCCUCAGCGAGCCGCCUCCCGACCAGGACGACGAGAACGAGAACGAGAACGACGACGACGAAGCGCCUCCGGAGACCGCCACCACCUCAUCCAGCAACGGGAUCGACCACGGACACAAACGCGCCCACGUCGACGAUCUCCAACAAUCUGAAUCAACUACACAAGGGGACGGGGAGGGCAGCAGCGGCGGCCAGGGGCAGCCCCACGAGCAGGGUGCUGGUGCCGGCGGUGCUGGCACGCUUCUCGAUUCCAUGGACAUCCCUUUGGGCGGAGACGAUAUCUCCAUGCCUAUGGACAUGCCGGCUCCUUUGGACCACGUUGAGCACGCCAUGAACGGCAUAGAUAUGGAUUUUACUGACCUAGGAAUGAGCAUGACCGGUGGUCUGCUCGAUAACCACAGUGUUGGCAUUGGCGGUAGCGGGAACGGGGGAAGCGGACAUGGUGGGACAACUGAGUCUGGAGGCAGCAGCAGCAGUAAUCACAGCGGCAGCGGCAGCAUCCACUUCGGCGGCGGCGACCAUAGCACCAGCAACGGUUCAGCCAGCCACACAGCGACAGGUUCCACUCCAAUACCACAUGCAUCGUCGUCGAGUUCGUUGUUGCCGUCACAUUCCCAUCCACAUCCCACUGCUAACCCUACUCCGACUGCAGGACCCAGUCCGGCCUCACAGCCGAAUUUGGACUCAAAUCAUUCCCAACACCUCCAGCACCAGCCGCUACAUCCACCCACGCCUUCUUCGAACCUGGCUUCCUCAUCCUCUUCAACCAACGUCAAUGAUUCUCUUUCCUCUUCCUCCUUUGCAUCCUCAAGUAUCAACCCCGCCUCUGCAAAUGCCAUGAACCCACCUUCAUCCACGACACAACACUCUACAACACCGACUGGCAGCAGCAAUGCCACCAACACGAAUCAAAGCUCGGAAGAUCCUAGAGCGGCACUGAUAUUAGACCUGAAUGUUGAACUGUUCAAGUAA